UCGGCGGCGAACGGCCGCGGCAGGAGUCAGGCUCGCGCCCCCCUCAUGAAAGACCGCGUAAACGACAGCCCGCCGCCUCGCGCCUCCAGGAGAGGGCGAGGGCGGGGGAAGGGGAGCGCGCGCGGCCGGGGCUGCGCCGCCAGCCCCCCGAGCACGCGCGGAAGCUCGCGCCGCCGGGCGGCCGCCCCCGCCAUCCACGAGGACGGCCGCGACGACCGCAAGCCGGAGAGGGCCCCGGCCCCCGUCCCCGCCCCGCAGCAGCAGCUUCCCGCCUUGUCCCUGGCCCCCGCCGCGAUGCCGCCGCCCGGCAGUGGCGGCUGCCCCCCGGAGCAGCGUGAGGACGUGAAGCGGCGGAUCCGGAGUCUCAUCGAGACCCACCGGGUGAUGAUCUUCAGUAAGAGCUACUGCCCGUACAGCACCAAGGUGAAAGAGCUCUUUCAUUCCUUGAAAGUAGAAUAUAAUAUUUUGGAACUCGAUCAAAUUGGUGAAGGAGCCUACAUUCAAGAAGUACUGCUGGAAAUAACUAACCAGAAGACUGUGCCCAAUAUAUUUGUGAAUAAAACCCAUGUAGGUGGAUGUGAUAAAACCAUUCAGGCUCAUCAGAAUGGCUUAUUACAGAAGCUCCUAGAAGACGAAACUGUGUCUUAUGAAUAUGAUCUUAUUGUUAUCGGUGGUGGUUCUGGUGGACUUGCAUGCUCUAAGGAAGCUGCUACUCUGGGAAAGAAGGUUAUGGUGCUAGAUUUUGUUGUGCCGUCACCUGUAGGCACAUCCUGGGGUCUUGGAGGCACUUGCGUAAAUGUAGGCUGUAUUCCUAAGAAAUUGAUGCAUCAAGCUGCAUUACUGGGACAGGCAUUACAAGACUCAAGGAAGUUUGGCUGGGAAUACGAACAGCAAGUUAAGCACAAUUGGAAAACCAUGACCGAAGCGAUUCAGAAUUACAUUGGCUCUUUAAAUUGGGGUUACAGAGUAACUUUGAGAGAGAAAGCUGUGACUUAUUCCAAUUCCUUUGGAGAAUUUGUUGAUCAUCACAAAAUAAAGGCAACCAAUAGGAAAGGGCAGGAAACCUUUCAUACUGCAUCAAAGUUUGUCAUAGCAACAGGUGAAAGACCUCGAUAUUUAGGAAUUCCAGGAGAUAAGGAGUACUGUAUUACUAGUGAUGACCUCUUCUCUUUACCUUAUUGCCCUGGCAAGACACUAGUUGUGGGUGCCUCAUAUGUUGCUCUGGAAUGUGCAGGAUUUCUUGCUGGCAUUGGUUUAGAUGUCACAGUUAUGGUACGCUCCAUCCUUCUCCGUGGCUUUGAUCAAGAAAUGGCAGAGAAAGUAGGUGCCUACAUGGAACUGCAUGGCGUUAAAUUCAUCAGAAAAUUUGUGCCUUUUUUGAUUGAACAGCUGGAGGAAGGAGCACCUGGAAAAUUAAAAAUGACUGCCAGAUCUACUGAAGGAGAAUCUAUUAUUGAAGAAGAAUUUAACACAAUUUUGAUAGCAGUUGGUCGAGAUGCUUGUACAAAGAAAAUUGGCUUGGAGAAGAUUGGUGUCAAAGUUAAUGAAAAGAAUGGGAAAAUUCCAGUAAGUGAUGAAGAGCAAACCAAUGUCCCUUAUGUUUAUGCUAUUGGGGAUAUUUUGGAGGGUAAACUAGAGCUCACUCCAGUUGCCAUACAGGCAGGCAAGCUACUAGCUCGAAGGCUUUUUGGAGGAUAUUCUGAAAAGUGUGAUUAUAUCAAUGUUCCAACUACCGUGUUUACUCCUUUGGAGUAUGGUUGCUGUGGAAUGUCUGAAGAAAAAGCCAUUGAACAACACAAAAAAGAUAAUCUAGAGAUAUAUCACACACUGUUCUGGCCACUGGAGUGGACGGUAGCUGAAAGAGACAAUAAUACUUGCUACGCAAAGAUAAUUUGCAAUAAACUUGAUAAUGAUCGGGUGAUAGGAUUUCAUGUUCUUGGACCCAAUGCGGGUGAAGUUACCCAGGGCUUUGCUGCUGCGAUGAAAUGUGGUCUCACCAAACAGUUGCUCGAUGACACUAUUGGCAUACAUCCAACAUGUGGUGAGGUAUUCACAACCCUGGAGAUCACAAAAUCAUCAGGACUGGAUAUUACUCAAAAGGGUUGCUGAGGUUAAACCCUGCUGCCUUUCCCAUUUUUCUUGUUAGGUAGACUUCUUGCUGAAGAUUUCAAAAAUGUUCCAAUACUCAGGUAAAAUAAAUAGAAGCAGCAGUAGCACGUAGUAUGGAACAGCUCAAAAUAAUGCAUGCUCUUACUUCAGCCUUUGUAGUUAAGAACACUGACAAGGAAAAUGGUACAGCAGCAGGGAAUUGGAUGAGAAAUCUUGACUUGUUUGGAGAAGCAUUAAUAAUGCAUUCUUGAAAUCUUAGCUCUGAACCUCAUUCUGAGGUGAGCUAAGAUUGAUGUCCUCCUUGGAAGUCAAAGACCCUCUUUGUCCCAUUAAACAGCUCAGCUUUCUCAAGAAGGAGCUCUUGAUUCACACAGUUAAACAAAGUUAACUUUCCUAGUUAGUAGUGUGUUUUGUUACUUGUUGAAAAAUCUUCAGAUUGAAAUGAAAUUGAAUGUAAAACUGCACUAACAUAUCUAGUAGAACUCAUUGAGCCACUUCCUUUAUUGACUAGGAACAAUGGAAGUGCUUCUUAUAAAAUUAUUGAAAUGUGAGCAUGUUUUACUGUUUCAAAAACAAACGUUAUGCAACUUGGAGGAUUUUUUUUGCAUGGCUGUUCUGGAAAAAAAUGUUAUGUGAAAUGAGAAUGGUCUUCAUUGUUUGUUUUUUUCCUUUUGUACUGCCGAGCGAAGUAGGCUGCAGUCUUAUUGGCACACAUUGUGUAGAUCAUAUUCAAUAAACCAUUUUUUCCUCCUGAAGUGAA